AUGUUCGGAUCAACAAAUGCAAGUACUCCCUUUGGCGGUAAUCAAAGCGGAUUUACUGCUACCUCUGGUGGUCUAUUUGGUCAGUCAAGUACUAAUACAUUUGGCUCUGGUAGCACUGGUUUUGGUACUUCUACAACAAGUGGCUUUGGCAAUACUGGUGGUGGAUUUGGCACACAAUCGAAGUCGUUGUUUGGUAAUACGGCUACUACGAGUGCAAGUGGAGGACUGUUUGGUACAUCUGGUAAUCAAGUAAAUCCUAGUACCAGUUUCGGUGGUAGUGGAUUUGGUGGAUUUGGUAACAUGACGAAUACUAGCAACUCCGGUAGCAAUUUCUUCUCAAAUACUAAUACAAAUACAUCACAAUCUAGCAAUUUAUUUGGAAACAAUACGAAUAAUACAUUUGGAGGAUUCGGUAAUAUGUCUCAGGCUCAAACAGGAUCCACAAUCAAAUAUAAUCCUCCAUCUGCUACGGAUACAGUUACACGAAAUGGACGUACUGAAAAUGUAUCUGCAAGAAUCCAAUGUAUUUCUGCUAUGAAUGAAUACAUCAAAAAAAGCCCAGAGGAAUUGAGAUACGAAGAUUACAUGCAAAAUCGUAAGGGUCCAUCAUCAGGAUCCUUUACUGGUGGAGGCAUCAAAAAUUUUGGAAAUACAAGCACUAGCACUAGCGGUUUCGGAGGUAGUUCAGGCUUUGGUCAAGGCACUACUAGUGUUUUUGGCCAGACACCAACUAGUUCGGUCAACACUGGAUCCCUUUUCGGGCAAUCACAACAAACUGGAUUCGGUCAAAAUGCCAAAAAUAAUUUUUUUAACAACACAUCAACGUCUACGUCUAACGCUUUCGGCGGUGUUAGUCAAUCACAAGGUUUCGGACAGAAUUCAUCACUCUCUUUUGGUCAGUCAAAUCAGCAAAAGCCCCUAUUUGGAAAUUUAUCGUCUAGCAAUCCUGCCAGUUUCGGAGCCAAUACUUCUACCUUCGGUCAAAGUCAAUCUUUUGGUCAAAGCUUCGGUCAACCGAAUACAAGCACUAACUUAUUUGGAAAUAAUAAUAAACCUACUUUUGGGCAAACCAGUACUGCUCCUACCAGCUUCUCUUCUGGCUUUGGAUUUCCUUCUAAUAAUACUACUAAUACUACCAGUUCUGCGCCUUCGACUGGGCUUUUUGGAACAAACACGUUUGGAACAUCUAGCACCAACACAGGAUUCAAUGCUAGUAAUUCGCUUUUCGGAAAUAAGGGUGGAUUCGGGACAGGUUUUGGAAACACCAGCAAUUCUGCUUUUUCAAGCACGGCCAAUAAAGGCUCUCUGCCUAAUUCAAGUCAAUCGUUUAACCUUAAACCUGGAUCAAAUACUUCCUUUGGAACAGGAGGUACUAAUUUUAACCUUGGCUUUGGUAGUGCGCAGCCACAACUUCAACUCAUCGCUGGUAACUCGAUGAUUGGUCUUAACAAUCCUCAUUCUGCUGGAAUCAACAAUAACGCAAUGAUGUUGCAAGGUCAAAUCAAGGCAAUGAUAAAUUCGCCCUACGGUGAUACACCGUUAUUUCGCAAUGCCGUUAGGGAUUCCCGCCAUGACUAUACCAACAGCAUUGUUUCUACAGAAUCUGUUCUUAAUAAUUCUAGUUAUGCAUACAGCAAAUACAGGGUAUCUUCACGAUUAGGAGGGAAGAUCAGACUUAGCCGACCAAAAAAAUUUGAUCAGCUAUCUGACGAUCUCAACGAUGAAUUACCGUCUGAGGUUACUUUAAAAGCUAAGAAAAAUUGGAAAAAAUUAACUCUUGUUGACACUCCCGAUAAGAAGGAUAACAAGAACAAUUCAGAAACUAAAAGUACCACUGCAGUAAAUUACUUGGAGUGGGAAAAGGGUUAUAGUUAUGCACGAUUUGGAUCAGAUUCGCAUGAUAACCGUUCAGAAACUUCCAUUCCGUCUCAACCUCCAGAAAGUAGCCCGAAAAUUUUAGUCAACAACUGCAACACUGGUGACGACGUUAAUGACGUAUUUCCUUCUGAGGCAGAUAACACUAGUGCAUCUUUAGUAUUACCACAAUCAAAGUUGGAUGAAAACAGUAUCAUUACUAAACCAAUGCCUGUUAGACCAAAGGACCCUCAAGUUUUCGCGUCUACUCCGGCUGUUGAACAAUUCCUAAAUAAGGGACCUGAUCAGGAUCUAUCCAAUUUUACUCCUGAAGGGAAUGAUGCUACUCCUAAAACGCAUAUUUCGGAAGCUACCUUGGUUCAUUUAUCUAAAGAAGGAUAUUACACAGUACCUCAUAUAGAUGAGAUUAAUGAAAUUGCAAGGACUAAGGAACGAGUUAUAUUGCCUACCUUCACCGUAGGACGCGAAGGUUUUGGAAGUGUAUACUACGAUACUCCAACAGAUGUUACUGGUUUGGAUCUGGAUGAUAUCGGUAUUUCUAGAAUCGAUUUAGUUGAAUUCCGCUUUCAAGAAGUUUCUAUCUAUCCGGAUGAAAGUUUAAAACCUCCAAACGGCACUCGCCUUAAUAAGCCAGCAAUUGUAACACUGCUAGCGGUUUGGCCAGGAGAUAAGAAAAAUCGUGAUCCUAUAAUAGAUCCGAAAAGGCUACAAUUAAUGGGAUACGCUAAGAGGUUACGUAGGAUAACAUCAAGAAUGGGAGCAACAUUUAUCGAUUACAAGCCUGAUAAUGGAGCUUGGCAGUUCCGGGUUGAACAUUUUUCGAAGUAUGGUCUCAAAACGGACGAAGAUGAAGAUUCUUCUCCUUCACAAAACUCAAAUACGCAGAAGACACAGCAUCUAAAAACACAAAAACUCUUGGAAGCGGAGCAUCGGAAGUUAUGGUCCACAGCUGACACCGAUGAAGACAGCCCUAUGGAAAUUAACGAUGAUGAAGCUAUGUCAGAUAGUGAAGAAUUGAAUUCUAAUAAUGAUCUCGAUAGCAUUGACAGCCAAAGUACACGAAAUCAGGACGAAGACGCUGUUUACUCAAAUUUAACGCUAGAUACCAGACGUAUACAAGUAAUGAAAGCUUCUUUUUUCCGCGAAAACGUAGAGGAGAAUAAAGAUGAUUAUAAAGGACAACCGGUUUCUGGCAAGCGUAUCAAAUCUUCAGCUACCGAUAACGUUGACUUACUUCGUAUUAAGCGCUUUCAUAAAGCAGUCUCUUCAAAAUCCACUACUAUGCCAAUUAGUGGAUCAAAUGAAUUAGUGCUGACGCCUAGAAAAUCUAUGAUUAGAGUUGGUAACAAUGCAACCAAUCUUCUUGGUGUAUCGUCUGUAGAAAAAUCUGCAACCUUAGAUGAAGGCAAUAACCGAACCAAUAUUGCCUCAACAGUGCUUUCUCGGUCAAGAAUUGAAGCUGCUCAAGAAUUUGAUCAAGAUAACGCCGAGAAACGAUUAUUAUUGCUUCCAGUUAAUCAACCAAAGUUAAUUUCACAUAAUGAAUCAGUUGCUCACGGAAAGGGCCAUUGCGUUAUUGAUGCUGCUUUAUUCCACGGACGUUCUUUUCGUGUUGGAUGGGGUCCGAAUUGGAUGUUUGCAUCCAUUAAUUACUGUUCACAAUCUGGCAAAGACAGCAGUGAAGUCCGUGAGAGCCAGCGUAUGUCGGUCGGAGCAAAAGUCCCAAACUUUAGUGAAAAUUCUUCGUUUUCCGUAAAUAUUAAGAAAUUUGAAGACGAAAAACCAAAAGUUGCCGUUGAUCGCUUAGAUAUUGAAUUUAAUCAUAGUAUUUGCAAUUUGGAACAUGGCUGUCUUCCGUUGUUUUCGCCAUCCCGAGGUAAAGAUGUGGCGCAUGAAUAUGCCCGUCAAUCUGCCACGGUUGUUGCACAAGGUGCAGAAGAUAAGCAGUUACAACACGCGUCUCAAGUAUGGGACUUAGUAGUUGCCUUAUGGGGAUUCCCCUCGAAAGCCACCCCUGAUGGGAAUGAAUCCAGCAGUGAUGAAAGUGAUACUGAGAUGGAAGCAAAGAAUUUGAAUUCGUACGAAGAACAAAAUGAAAGAAGACAUGCUCUUUCCAAUUGGUUUAGGCGUUCAGUUAUUAAUUCAAAUAGUACCAAAGCUACUGCUAAUUCACCUAAUACCAGUAUGAUCUUCGAUCACUUAACUACAAAAUCCAUCAAUGAAGCAUGUAAUAUCUGUCAUGAAAUUGGAGAUUAUCGUCUUGCUUUACUGAUUUCGCAAUUGUCUGGUUCAAGAAACGUUACUGCACUUGUGUCUCGACAGUUAGACGACUGGUAUAAAAAUAAGGCCGAUCAAUUUAUCGACCAUAAUAGAUUAAAGAUCUACGCCUUACUUGCUGGUAAAAAGCUAUGGGAGACGUCGAAUAAAAUAAGAAUAUGUCCGUGUGAGGAUCUAAAUUGGAAGAAGGCUAUGGCUCUACAUAUGUGGUACAUACUUCCAACCACCAAAUCUAUUAGAGACGUUAUCUCAAAUUAUAAAGCCGCUUAUCAAGGAGGGAAUGGCUAUGAAAAAUACGCGAAUCCUCCAUUACCAUUUUACAUGCAAGAAAAGUUAAAGACAGAUGACAAUCACAAAUCCAUUGAGGACCUGUGCUAUCAUCUAUUAUGUUUGUAUUGUGACAGGUCUCAUAAACUUCAGCAAAUGCUUGCCAGCAAUACAUUUACUCCUUUCCAGUUAGAUUGCAGCCUUAGUUGGCACUUAUAUCAGUGUUUGGUAUCGUUGGAAUAUCAUCAUCUAUCAGCUAAAUUUGUGGCCAAUCUGCAUACGAAUUAUGCAGCGCAGCUAGAAUCGUGUGGAAACUGGCAUUGGGCAGUAUUUGUAAUGUUAUUUCUAAAAGAUGAUCAAAGACGAGAAAGAGCUGUCCGCGACCUACUGAACAGGCAUUGUAAAUUAACCACCGUCGAUGUUGCAAAAGAGAAAUUUAUCGAAGACAAGUUGUUAAUACCGCCAGCUUGGAUCCAUGAAGCGAAAGCACUUCGUGCUAAGUAUAAUGGACUUCUAAAGGAAGAGGCUUUUCAUUUGCUAAAGGCGAAGCAGUGGCAAGCAGCCCAUAAUGUCAUUAUAAAUGACUUAGCUGCAGAUUGUAUUCUGGAAGGUGACACAAAGUAUCUACGUAAAAUCUUGGAAGAAAUCCAAGCAGAGGGUGCUGACGGUUAUAUUGAAAACUGGAUUAAUGGAGGACAAUUAUAUUUAGAUUAUAUUUUACUAAAAGAAACUGUUAAUACACUCAAUCUUCAGAAAAAUGUACAGCAGCUGUUACGAGAUUGUUCGGAGAUACAAUUGAAAUUAAAUUCGCUUAAACCCGAAAAUAACAAACGAAAAGCAUGCAAAUUUUUUAUGUCCAGUCACGUUCUAAAUAUUAUCAAUAAAUACUCCAUACGCCAGCUACGUAUUAAUGAAUUAAAGGCAGAAGUUACAGCACCUCCAUUAGUCAAGGAAGGUAAUUUCUGUUGCGACUCUGACAUAGCUUAUUUCAGAAAUAUCAUGAAAUCUGUUGUAAGCAACUAG